CUUGGACAGGUCACAAGCCGGGGUCGCGGCAGAAACAACCUCAAAUGUUGUUGAAUCAUCUCCGUCACGUUGCUCAUAUUUUAUCCCAGAGGAAGGACGGACGAAAGCUUCAACAGACAUGUCGUACUGCAAGCAGGAAGGUAAGGAUCGCGUCAUCUUUGUGACGAAGGAAGACCAUGAGACUCCGAGUAACGCGGAGCUGGUGGCAGAAGAUCCUAACGACCCGUACGAGGAGCAGGGUCUGAUCCUGCCCAACGGAGACAUAAACUGGAACUGCCCGUGUCUGGGCGGCAUGGCCAGCGGCCCCUGCGGCUCCCAGUUCAAAGAGGCCUUUUCCUGCUUCCACUACAGCGGGGAGGAGGUGAAGGGCUCCGAGUGCAUCGACCAGUUCCGCGGCAUGCAAGAGUGCAUGCAGAGGUUCCCCGAGCUUUACCCCCAGGAGGAGGAGAAGGACGGCUCCCCCCAAGAAGAAUCCCAGCCUGAUUCUGCUCCUGCUUCUUCUGACGACUCCGCCUUAUUACCCCAGAGUGACUCUGCGUCGUCCUCGCCGUCAUCGGCCUUGCCCGACGGCGCGUCGCCUGCAGAGAACCAGACUGCCAGCUAAAGCCCACGAACCCGCCGCCCGUGGCUCUCAUGGGCAUCUCUGAUUCGCCGGCCCGAGCCUUGACGUGGGGGCUCGUCGGCAACAACUCUGACACCCCGUGGGAAACAUUUACCGGCUAACAGAGGGACGACCUGCAGAGAAACGUGACUUCAUGUGCAAAAAAUGUGUUUUCAGAGCCCUUAAAAAUGACCGAGCAGCAUCAGCACUGAGAGUGAGCCAGGCUCUUCGCUGUGACGGCUGAACGGCUCAUAUCCUGCACGUCACGGGUUUAACCCCCGGGCGGCACCGGCGUGAGCACUGUUGCCUCACAGCAAGAAGGUCUCUGGUUCCACUCCCGGCUGUGUGAGGUGUGUUUGCGUAGGGUUUUCUCCCGGUGCGCCGGCUCCCACACCCCAAAAACAUGCACGUUACCCUGCGUUCACACUGAAAGCGUCAAAAAUCUCCCGACGCCAGCAUCUCGCUGUUUGGAGCGUUCACACUGAAAGCUGCAGGUACUGUCGACGGCUGCAGUGGGCGGGGCUAAAGCUGCUGUGGGCGGGGCUAAAGCUGCUGUGGGCGGGGCUAAAGCUGCAGUGGGCGGGG